AUGACAGAGACGACUCCAGCAAAAGCUAAGAAAGCGGCAAAAGCCAAGAAGGCGCUUUCACAUCCCAAAUACUCGGAGAUGGUCAUAGCUGCCAUUAAGUCCGACGGCAGUAAGGGCGGGGCGUCACGUCAGUCCAUCCAGAAGUACGUCAAGAAGAACUACAAAGUGGGGGACAAUGCUGAUGUGCAUAUUAAACUCACCCUCAAGAGGCUGGUGGAGAAAGGGGAGCUCAGGCAGAUCAAAGGCGUCGGUGCGUCCGGAUCCUUCAAGCUCGCCAAAUCCGAGGACGCCAAAAAGUCCAAGAAACCAGCUGCCGCCAAGCCAAAGAAGGCGGUCAAGUCUCCCAAACCCAAGAAGACUGUGGCCAAACCCAAGAAGGCGACCAAGGCUGCCGCGGUCAAGAAGUCACCUGCGAAGAAGGCGAAGAAGACCGCGGUGAAAAAGGCAACGCCGAAAAAAGUCAAAAAAUCACCAGCGAAGAAGACAGUGAAGGCAGCAAAGCCCAAAGCCAAGAUUGUAAAGAGGGCAGCAAAACCCAAGAAGGCUGCAAAACCCAAGAAGGCUCCAGCCAAGAGUGCCAAGAAGAAGUAG